AUGCCAUUGGAAAUUCAGCCGGCAACCGAAGCCGACAUUCGUCGGGCUGUGGAACUUGAAUUCAAGGCCUACGGCCCAAACCCGUUCAGUGCAAUCUUGUUCCCUGGUCCUAAGCCUGAUGGCGAUACGAUUGGGACCAGGGCUGAGUACCUCACCAUGCAGCGCAAAGGGGAUGCCACUACGCGUUGGUCCAAGGUCAUCGAUACGGACCUGCCGCAGGAUGAGCAAAUGAUCGCAUUCUCGAAAUGGCACGUCUACACUGAGAAACCUCAACUUACGCCACGGGAGUUUGGGCCAGAGUGCAACGUCGAGGCUUGCCAGAAGCUCUUUGGGGGAAUACAACAGCAGAGAUUCAGAAUUCUGGGGGACAGGCCAUAUGUUUGUCGGGGUGCCGGGACACUAUUGAUCAAGCAGGUCUUGGAGGAAGCACAGAGACGAAACUUGAUGGCCUACCUGGAAUCGUCUGAGGCUGGCCACUCUUUAUACACUGGGUGUGGUUUCAAAGACGUCGAGCUGCACGAGGUCGAUAUGAGUAAAUGGGGUGCUACAGAAACUCACAAAACUUGGGCCAUGGACUGGAAACCCGAGCAGAAGUAG